AUGCCUGCUACCCUUACUCGCAAGCUAGGCAAUUAUGGCCCUGAAAUACCCGCCAUUGGCUUUGGCCUUAUGGGUAUCGGAAUUGAUUGCUAUGGUGCAACUGGAGACGACGAAGAGAGAUUCACUGUGCUUGACCAUGCGUGGGAGCAGGGCUGCACUCACUGGGACACUUCAGACGCAUAUGGAGACUCCGAGGAUCUCAUUGGCAAGUGGUUCAAACUGCACCCUGAGCGCCGUGUCGACAUCUUUCUGGCCACCAAAUUUGGCAUCUCAGCAGAAGUACAGCCUGACGGUACCUACAAGGGGUCAAUCGACAGCUCCCCCGAGUAUGCCAAAGUGGCUUGUGAAAAGAGCUUGAAGCGUCUCGGAGUCGACUAUAUCGAUCUUUACUAUGCGCACCGCGUUGAUGGAAAGACGCCAAUUGAGAAGACCGUCCAGGCUUUGGUAGAGUUGAAGAACGAGAGCAAGAUCAAGCACCUUGGCUUUUCCGAAAUCUCUGGAGAAAGCUUGCGCCGGGCAUGUGCCGUGCACCCCAUUGCAGCUGUUCAGAUCGAGUACAACCCGUGGGCAUUGGAAACCGAGGGGCCUGUGUCAAAGCAUCUCCUUAAAGCUUGCCGAGAGCUCGGCGUCGCCACCAUCGCAUAUUCGCCCCUCGGCCGUGGAAUGUUGACGGGACAGUAUACUUCGACCGCCGAGCUUGAGGAGAAGGAUUUCCGGAAGAACGUCGAGCACUUCAAGGGAGACAACAUGCAGAAGAACCUGCAGCUGGUCAACAAGUUCAGGCAGGUUGCCGAGAAGAAGGGCUGCAGUCUCUCCCAGCUAGCCCUCGCCUGGCUCCUCGCGCAAGGCGACGACAUCUUCCCCAUCCCCGGCACAAAGAAGAUUAAGUAUCUCGACGACAACUGGGGCGCCCAGAACGUGCGGUUGACGGCCGGGGAGGCUGGCGAGAUCCGACAGCUGGUGGACCAGCUUGGUGUUGCCGGGGACCGCGACAUUGCGUUUAACCAGUAUGCUGACACGCCCGCUCUCUGA